ACGCACUCAAGAUUUCCCUGUCUUGACUUUGUUCCUCGCUUUUUUCUCUCUCUUCUCCCACUUCGAUCCCCUCAGCCUCACACCAAAGAACAAAGUCUCUCGUCAAUUUCAUCUUUGCUUCUCUGGAUCUCCCAAGAUCUCUUCCAAUUGCCCGCCAGAACAAGUUCCAGUUCCAAAUUCAUCUUCCGCAACCGCAACAAUGGGUUUCAUUGAGGACGAGCUUAAGCAGCUCAAGGAUGUUAUUAGCACCAUUGACACUCGCAUCAAGAAGCUCGAGGCGCGAGCCACCGGCGGCCCCGUCUCUACUGAAGAGAUCCGAAUGAUCCUCAUCGGUCCUCCUGGUGCUGGAAAGGGAACCCAGGCCCCCAAGAUCAAGGAGCGCUUCUCUUGCUGUCACUUGGCUACCGGUGACAUGCUGCGAUCCCAGGUCGCUAAGAAGACCCCUCUCGGUGUCGAGGCCAAGAAGAUCAUGGAUGCGGGCGGUCUGGUCAGCGACGACAUCAUGAUUGGCAUGAUUAAGGAGGAGCUUAACAGCAACAAGGAGUGCCAGGGCGGUUUCAUCCUCGAUGGUUUCCCUCGAACUGUCCCCCAGGCCGAGAGCCUCGAUGCCAUGCUCACAGAGCGUAACCAGAAGCUCCAGCAUGCCGUCGAGCUCCAGAUCGACGACUCUCUUCUCGUUGCCCGUAUCACUGGACGAUUAGUCCACCCCGCUUCCGGACGCUCAUAUCACACCACCUUCAACCCUCCCAAGGAGUACAUGAAGGACGACAUUACUGGCGAGCCUCUUAUCCAGCGAAGUGACGACAACGCUGAGGCUCUGAAGAAGCGUCUUGUUACCUACCACAAGCAGACCGCCCCUGUUGUGGGUUACUACAAGAAGACUGGUAUUUGGAGCGGCCUCGACGCCAGCCAAGAACCUGGCCAAGUGUGGAAGAACAUGCUUAAGGUCCUUAACGAGAAGCGAGCUUAAAUUCUGCCCGGAGUGGUUGACUUCUCCCAGCUGCCAUUUGGUGCGGCUGAGGCAACAAGACGAAUGCUGAGUGAAAAUAAAAGCCAGCUCGUCUUGGAUAUAUGAACGGUAUGAACUGUAAACUGGGGGAGGCGAAAGGGAGAGUGGAGAGUCCAAUCUUCCAGGCAAAAGAGGCGUUAAAAGGUAGAGGGUUUGUCUGCGGUGCGGUCUUGUUUGGCCAUGUGUGGAAAAAGCUACCUACUUUGGACGACGAUUAGCCAUGUAUCAAAAUGUCUUUUUACAAUAGUUUCCAACCAACAGAAAGUUGGCUUUCGAAGCGUUAA